AUGGCAGAGGCUCAGUUCCCCAUUCGCGAUGACCAUCCUCUUGUUCUGGAACUCAUAAGUCUGCGUACUGCAGUUGCUCGCUAUCAGCACGAAGCCCACGCGACAUCUGUCAAGCUCCAAAGGCACUCUCUGGAUACUUCACAUGCGCUUGAGCGCACGCAUGCCCUCGAAAUAGAGAACGCUCGGUUAAAGGAAGAAGUCGUGGUUUUGAGGACGGUUCCGGAAGCCACGCCUCAUCCUGCCUCCCUUCAAGUCCAGGAACUUACGCUGGCACACCGCCGUCUCUCUGACAAGCUCACCUUAACCGAAGAGACAUUUCAGGGAACCAUCGCGGAGCUCACACAAUCUCGGAGCGAUCUCGCCAAGGCACAGCAUGACAUUGAUGCUGCCUAUGAACUCGUGGCCCGAACUCGUGCACAGCUUGUGGAAGCAGAAGCCCGAGAACGAGAGUUGGAGCGGAAAGCGCGUGCUGCAGAAGAAGAGCGCAAGCUUGCCGAUCUCGUGGUUCAGGAGUACGCUGACCUCGUGCGGACGCUCGAAGGCCGACCUCGACAAGUGACAAGUCCUCGUCCUUCACUCCCCCUCGGAAAUGAGAGUAACAGUUCAAGUGCCACACUUGUGGACAGCCUCUCGGAAGGGAAAUCCGGAUUACAAAAGCUGCUGGAGGAGUUCAAUGACGAGACGGAGAAGCUGGCGGCGGAAACCACGCGGCUGCAUGGGGAGAUUGCUUUACUUUCUACUCGGUUGGAGGCGGAACGCGGUCGUUCCGAGCGUGACCGUGCACAGUUAGCUGAGUCUCUGUUAAGGCUAGAAGCUUACAAGAUCGACGACAAUACGGCUGCAAAGAUGGUAUCGCGUUAUAUGUCAGUUACUCUUGUCCUUUAUUAUCGGAAUAGCACGGUAAUGGCUUGUCAACACAGGAAAUUCUCUCAGUCAUCUACUGAUUCGCUUCAGAAAGCCAUGGACAGUAUGAAAGCGCGUCAUACAGCUACGACUGCAAGCCUGCGUACAGAAAUCGAUCAUUUUCAGAAGGCGUUGUUCACAGAGCGUCGUCAGUCAGAAAAGCUCCGGUUUGCCCUAGACGAGCUGACAGAGGACAUAUCACGCGAGGCUUAUGGACGGCGACGUGAAAUUUCUCUCAGGCUUGCCUUCCUGGGACGCGAAGAAAGUCUUGCAGAAGGUUUACGGAGGUGGACUAGGAAAGCUAAGGAGACCUUCUGCAGGAUUAUUUCUACAGACAGCACGAAGGAUGUAGCUGGAGUAAUACAACCCAUGUUCAAUCAUGUCAUCCAAGAUGCAGAAGGACUUCUGGAGUCAUUGAAUGGCCAGCCAACUGUGGAAGAUGGAUCUAUCGGCUCCCUUGCGCGUGUUGUCGCGGCACAAGAUGCAAUAUCUGCCUUGUCACGAGAACUUCAGGUAGAGACAGAUCGUCGCUUGGACUUGGAGCGACGGCUGGCGCAGAUAUCUCACGAAUUACAUUUGUCUCAACACCCCGAAGUGGCCUCGACAAUCAAUAGAGACGGAGAUACAUCGAUCAAAGAGACACAAUCAAGCACUAUUGUUGUAUUCGAUCAGGAAUUGCGACCGCCUUCGACUCCUCCAAUAGCCGACACUCAGCUAUCUCGCCUUGACUUGGACCACUGUCUGAGCUUCCAGAACGCUUCUUCACCUAUACAACAGCCUCUGAUUCUAAUCUCGCAGCCCGAUUCGGUGCUAGUCGAUAAAUCGCAGGCUGGGUCAGGUAUCUCGAUAGGGCCCGCUGAACCUAUCGAGCCUAUGCAACCUCAAAUAUCGCAGAGCAUUGAUUCAUCAGCGGCGAGACCCUCUACCAAACAAAUCCUUGCACAAAGCGAUGAAGUCGAACAAGCUGCCGAUUUGGAGUUCAUGCCCAUCGUUCAGAAUGGUGAACUUGACUUGCCCACAUCUUCGCCUUCCGAAGAAAAGCCGCCCCGGCAAUACCCUCUUACAUUGUCGGAGAAGAGUGAGGAGGAUUCAAUGAGCAUCCCUGCAUCUGCGGCGUUGCUCGGAAUGUCCAAAUUUGAGGCACAGACACAGCCAGAUGUGCCGUCGAUUCCGCUCCCCGUUGUAGAUUCUGCUGUCGGCUUACUGUCUUCUGUAAGAGAUCCCGGGAUAUCUUCCGGUGGAUCUAGUAAACCAAUAUCAUCAUUGCAGCAACCGACAGCGCCUUUGUUGAAUCUUUUGGACCGUCCGGAAAAUCCCCUGCUCGUGGGCUUAACCAGGGUCAAGCAAAGAUACGACGACGUGCAGCGCGGAUUUCACGACUGUGACAUUGCUUUAAAAGACCUCCAGAAGGAUCUCAAGACUGUACCUCCCACGUCUGACAUGAUAUUCGUCUUCCAGAAAGCAGUCGAGCGACUUGGCGAUUUCAACGAAGAUGUCCGUGUUGAGUUGGAGAUCCGUAUCACGGAUGAAGCGCGUAUGAUCUCCGGCUACGAAGCUUUGUUAACCAUCCCUGGGGCAAUGUCAGAAGAAGUGAAUCAAGUUGAACUGGAGGUUGAAAUUGAGGCUUUCGUCAAUGGUACCGAUAAAGCCGUUGUAAGGGCAACGCAGUCUUUUGCUCGCAAACUAGACGAUCUUGAACAUGACAUUGCCUCGUUAAAACGUGCCCUGCAUGAAUUGUCUGUGGCCGUAGACGAACUCCCAUCACCUCCUACGAAAGCUUCUCCAUCCUGGCCAACGUGGACAACAGGUCUGCUGAGUCCCUCUCGUCCAGUCAGUCCGGCCCAAACGUUCGGAUCCGUUAUGACAUCUCCCCGGCUACGAUACACCUCGCUUUCUCACCCCCGCAAGCCGUCUGACAACUCUCCAGAUCAUGGUCCGAAUCCUUUUAUAAGCCUGGGUUUACGUAUACCUAUGCCUACUAUUGCUUCGUCUCCCCUUCCUCCAACAACUUCGAGACCGCGUGUCUCGUCUGGGACGUAUAUGCUGGGCCUUGGGGCUCGUUCUCAGUCAUUCAACUUCGGCAGUCUUCCUAUGAAGAAAUCUCCUUCUGUGAGCUCGCUCAGGCUGGGUAAAGCUGCUGAUAACGGCAAUGACCAUGGUGCUACCGAUGGUGACGAGAUGAGUUCUGAUGUAGAAUGA